GCCUGUCAUACAACUUAACCCCGUGACCUUUCGCGUUGUCUUCCAAUCAGCGCAGAGCAUUCCCACGGUCUGGCAUCAGAGAAGCCUUUGUUUACUGUUCCAGCUAUUGAAUAUGAAUAGCUGUUUGUAAAUAAGUGCGAGAGUUGACACACGACUAAGGAUUUUUUCCCACGGUGCGAACUAUAAAAAGAAUAUUAAAACACGCAUGCCGGUUGCUUGUAUUACGCCCUAGGGUCGGUUAGAAGCGUGCCGAAGUAUUUUAUACUGCCACAAGUGAGCGGAUCGCACGCGUAAACUUGACAGCACAAAUGGAUGUAGAAAUUUUAAAACCCGUUAUGAAUGCUCAACGCAGUGCUAAAAAGGAAACAAAGAAGGUAUCUUGAAGAAGUAGUCAUAGCUUUUUAAUUCACAACUCGCUAUUGUACAUUUAGUUACAUGUUAUAGGGCUCCUUAAAUUUCAAAGUAUGGUUGCAAAUGUGGAUUUUAAUCGGCAAUUCCCACCGCAAAUGUGUAUUUUGCUCAGAGAGAGUAAUUAUUCUUUUCUCGAAAAAUUGAAAUAAUUAAUUAAAAGAAAAGUUUGUUUUGCCUUGCAGUCUAAAAAACCACUUAUGGAAAAGAUGCGUCGAGCAAGAAUUAAUGACAGUCUGAACGAAUUGAAAACUCUUGUAUUGGAGGCGAUGAAAAAAGACGUAAGUAUUAGAAAAUUCACAUUGAAAAAUAAAUCAUUAUUUGGUUUCAGUAUUCUUAUCUUCUGUCUUUUCCAACAGGUGUCAAGGUAUUCCAAAAUGGAAAAGGCCGAUAUUCUGGAAAUGACUGUGAAAUACCUUCGCUCAUUGAACACUGAGAGGACUUUGCAUAUUAAGCAACACCAAGGUAAGGCAGUAAAACGCAUCGUUUUGUUCACCACAUUCAACCAGCAAUUUUAAGAUUAAAUAUGUUCAGCCAGCUACUUUUUGAAUUUUUUGCAUCCUGGCCUACGUUGAUUUACUUUUCUCCGUCACAUCGUACUAAAAAUUUUUUAAUUUCUUUGAGAUCUUCGAAAACGUUAUUUUAAACAAACACAAAAUUUAUUUUCUCUUUAGCAACAAGCUCGAACAAAUGAACUACUAAUCAUCUUUCAACGCUAACAGCCUGAGAGAGUAACGUUCUUUAAUUGUGUUGAUCUUUGUUCCUCGAUCUUAUCUUAAAUCACACCUCACCGAUUCUUUUGUCGAGAAUUCAACACGUUGCUUGCCUACCACUUUAUGAUUUUUUAUUUCAUAACCUUUUUUCACUUUUAUUUUACCGGUGCUGGUGAGUAAAAGCUUUUCGAGCCUUUUUGAUGUUGGCACUGUGAAAUUUUAACGAGAUGGUUAAACCUCAGAAUUCCGAAGGCAUCAAACAUUCCGCCCACAUCCAUCAAAAUCGGAGGUGCCAAUUAAGAAUGUUAAGUGCUAGGGAUUUGAAAUAUGAUACUUAUCAUGGGCAUCUUUUUUUUUUUCCUUCGCAGAAGACGUUUCUGCAAUCGCUAAGUAUCGAGCAGGAUUCAACGAGUGCGCUGCCAAAGUUUCUCAAUUCCUGAUGACAGCAGACAAUAUUACUGUCCCGGUUCGCACACAGCUUCUAUCACACUUAGCGUCAACCUGUCAGCAGCAAAAAGACCCUCAUCAUUCCCCCACCGAUAUGUCAGUCUCGCGACAACAAGCCCACGCAACGCUGUCGUCAUCUUUUCCCGCCACUAAACCAAAAGUUGGCGCGAACACGGCUUUCGCCGACGGAAGUAUGGCAACAAAAUUCCCUUCACCACCUUCGUCACCUCUUCACAACCAUUCAGAAAGGAAAUUACUGCCUUUUCCGCCAACGAUGUCGCCCUCUAUGUCACCCUUUAUGCUUAGUAAUGGUAUUCCAGCCUUGAUCUUACCAAAUGACACUGCAUUGCAACUUCUACCUUUAACCUUACCCGCAAAUGCCUCUACUGCAUUCGACACAUCUUUGUGGAGACCUUGGUGACGCUAGCUCAGCGUUACAAUCAAUUUUUUCGGUAUCAUGUACCUAUCCGGCUCAAAUUGCUUUCCGAGCGGAAAUGAAUUUCUGGAGUGUCUUUAAAAUGAGGGUCGCUUGGAUUAGUCGAGCUAUUAAAACUACUGAAUAUUUAUUAAGAAUUGUGCUAGAGGUAUAUAUAUAAUUUUUGCAACGAAAAGCUAUGUAUAAUUACGAAUAAAAUAUAACUUGAAUACGUGAAGACGUCAGCAAUGCGUUUGGUGAUGAUGUAUCGUUUUCCACAUUUUACCGUCGCAAGAUGCAUCGGAAUGAAGAUAGAAAUAACUAAUAUUAUCCUCAUUUAAUAUCUCAUGAAAAAUGUGUCAUUAUUGGACUUAAUUUCACAAGCUUGUUUUAAAAUGAUUUGGAGAGAAUUCACAGAAAAAUGUUACAGUUUAGAAGACUCCUUGCUUAGAUUACCCAGUCUUUGAGUCGAAAAAUCGUUCUUGGAUUAAUUAGACCAUACGAUUUUCUUGAAAAAGUCCAGCAUAACUUGAUUAACAAGCUGUCCUGCUCAUUUUUGAUUGUGCUUUGUUUUGUGUUGGUCAAAGAAUGUGGGGUAAUGCAGUCAAUUAGUCUUAAUUGGCAAAUUUCUUUUGGCGUAAAGAAGCGGUUUAGAAUAUUUAAUGGUAACCAAUUUUUCACAGCGUUUUUUUGCUAAUCCGACAUGUCUGCGACAUUAGGUCUGUUGUGCAGGCGGCAGUUUAAUCAUAAAAAGUCGGCAGUGGAGAUUAGCAGGUCAAUUCAGCAUCAGCUACUGCCAAGAUGGGUAAUUUCAAUUAAAAGCAAAAUUUGUCUAUCACUUUACAAGUAUCUGCAGUAAUCCUGUCGAACGGAAGAGGCUUUCAAUCCAUGUCAACACAAAAAUCUGCAGUUUUGCCUUUUUGCCGGUGCUUACUCCGAAACUAUCACAUACAACCUCUUAACUGACUCCAGGCAUGUUUUGUAUCAAACAAAUCUUUUCUGUACUCAAUUUAGUUAAAGCAUAUUGAAGGUUUAGGAGAAGAGGUAAGGAAAAAAAGUCAAACUUGCAGACCGCACUCCAAACACUGCUGAAUGUUUAGGGCAGUCAUGAGGUUAGCAAUUUCACCGUUGCCGUAAAACAGUAAAGAUAUAACUCGA